UGUGGCCACCCCAAAAAAAACAAUUUGUGUAAUGUGGCAACCUUACAGAAUAUUUGAUUAGAGUGGCAGCAUUAAUAGUGAAUAAUCUGCAAAUUCCAACAAUAAUAUGGCCAACACUCCAGCAACCUCCAGCAGCGCCGGCCCCGUGCUGCGCGGCCUGCACAAUGCGACCAUAAAGCGCAAUCUGGCUGUGGCUCUUGGACUAACUGCAAUUGUGACAGUUGCCUUUAAGGUUUUGGUCAAUGAUCCAAAGAAAGCUGCCUACGCUGAGUUCUACCAGAAAUAUGACGCCAACAAAUCUUUUGAGCGUAUGAAGGCCGCCGGCCGUUUCCAGUCGUGCUGAGCAAGAAGCUCUAGGUCUGGCCGGAAUAGUAUAAGACAUGCAAAUGUUUGUGCUAUAAAGUGUGUAGCUCUGCUGUAUUGAGAAACCGAUAACCAAAUAUACUUCAAUUCGUAUGUGAA